UGUCUUCACCGGGCCCGUCCCGCGGCUUCGUUAGCGCCGGCUCCGCUAACGAGUUGUGUUUUCUCCCCUCACUGCUCUCUCUGCUGCUUUGUCAGACUAUGCCUUUGUGCACAUGGAGAACGAAGCCGAUGCUAAGGUUGCCAUCGAAAACCUAAACGGGAAGGAGGUGAAGGGGCGCCGGGUGAACGUGGAGCUCUCCACCAACGUGCAGAAGAAGGGCGGGGGCCAGGCCCCGCCGCCCGCCCUCGGCGUCGACAAGACCAAGCGCAUCGGCCUCGAGUACCGCGAGAAGUUCCAGCCCAAGAUCGAGGCCUUCGACCAGCAGCGCCGGGCGGCCGACGCCGCCUUCCCCUCGGCCGCGGGCGCCGGCUACGGCGCCACCUCGUCCCUGUACGAUUACCAGCAGCGCUUCGGCGCCAAGUACGACGCCUUCGAGGCGCCGGCCCGGCCCGCCUCCCCCUCCUACUUCGGCAGGGACCGCAGCCCCCUGCGGCGCUCGCCCACCCGCGCCGGCUACGCGGCGGUGACGCUGCCCGUGACGGCGCAGCCGGCCGCCUACCGCGCCCAGCCCUCGGCUUCGCUGGGCGCCGCGUACCGCGCCCAGCCCUCGGCCUCCGUGGGCGUGGCCUAUCGCCUGCAGCCCACCACGGGCCAGGCGGCCGCCUACCGCGCCCAGCCCUCGGCCUCGCUGGGCGGCGCUUACCGCUCCCAGCCCUCCGUCGGCUCCCUGGGCGCCGCCGCGGGCGCGCAGCCCGCCGCCAACUCCCUCGGCUCCUACGGGGCCCAGCCCGCCCCCGCCUACGGCGCCCAGCCCGCCGCCAACUCCCUGGGCUCCUACGGCGUCCACUCCGCCGCCCUGGCCUCCUCCUACGGCGCCCAGCCCGCCUCCGGCUACUCGUCCGGCUACGGCGCCCAGCCCGCCGUGGCCGCCUACGGCGCCCAGCCCGCCGCCGGCCCCGCCCCCUCCUACGGCGCCCAGGCCGUGGCCACGCACGUGGCGUCCUACGGCGCCCAGCCCGCCGCCGCCUCCUACGGCGGCCAGCCUGUGGACGGCCACGCCGGCUCCUACGGCGCCCAGCCCGGCGCCGCGCUCUCCGCCGGCUACGGCGCCCAGGCCGUGGCGGUGCAUGCCAGCUCCUACAGCGCCCAGGUGGUGACCGGCCACGCCGCCGCCGCCGCCGCCUACCAGCCCGUGGCCGGCCACUCGGCCUCCUACGGCGCCCAGCCCGCGCUCUCCUCCCAGUACGGCGCCCAGCCCACCGUGGGCCACUCGGCCUCGUACGGCGCCCAGCCCGCCGCCGGCCUGCCCGCGGCCUACGGCAGCCAGCCCGCCGCCGCCGCGCUCCCCGCCGGCUACGGCGCGCAGGCGGGCUCGUCGCUGGCCGCCUCCUACGGCAGCCAGGCCGCCGCCGCCGCCGCCGCCUCCUACAAGGCGCAGGCCUCCGCCCCGCUGACGGCCGCGUACCGGGCCCAGGCCUCCGGCGCCAUGGCGGCGUCCUACCCGGCGCAGCAGCCGUCCUCCGCCGCGCUGGCGGCCGCGUACCGAGCCCAGCCGGGCAGCGCCUACGACGGGCCGAGCCAGCUGGGGCAGCCGGCGGGCUCCUACCUGGGCCUGGCUCCGGCCGCCGCCGCCGCCGCACCGCCCUACGAGCGCACCCGCCUGUCCCCGCCUCGCAGCGCCGUCUACGACGACCCGUACAAAAAAUCGUCCGCCCUGGCUAAAAGGUACGGCUCCGAGCGCCGCCUGUCCGACCUGGCCGAUUACCGGCGCUUAGCCGACUCGCCGCUGGGCUACCGCCGCUCGCCCACCAAGUCCCCGCUGGAUUAUCGCCGGCUGCCGGACGCGCACGCCGAGUACGCCCGCUACUCGGGCGGCUACAACGACUACCUGCCCGCCGCCCGCGUCCACUCGGGCUACCAGCGCCGCCUGUGAGCCGCUGCCAGCGCACGGACUGGGCUUUUUUAGCUGCUUUUUUUUCCUCUCGGUUUGUCGCUCUUUAUUUGAGGUUUUUUCUAGAGGGUUCCGCGGUUGCGUCGUGGCGCCGCCGGCGCCCGGUGCCGGUUUGUCGCCCACCGAGGCUCUUUUUGUACCACGAGUCACCCCGUUUUUGGGUGAUUCCCCCCCCAUUUUUGGGUGAAUUCCCCCCCCCCGUCGUGCCCGGCGCGGUGCCGGGGUUUUUUAUGACUGUAAAUAAAGACUGGGGUCUGUUCCGGUU